AUGGAAGAGAAAAGUAAGGACCACCGGGCUUUGCUCAACCAAGGAGAGGAGAAUGAACUGGAGGUGUUUGGUUACCGGACCCAGAAUCUACGCAGAGCCCUCUGCCUUAUAACAUCCAUGCUGACCUGCGGGUUUCUUCAGCUGGUGUUCUAUUGGAAACCCCAGUGGAGGGUGUGGGCCAACUGCAUUCCAUGCCCCUUGCAAGAAGCAGACACUGUUUUGCUAAAAACAACGGAUGAAUUUCAAAGAUAUAUGAGGAAGAAGGUUAUAUGCCUUUACUUAUCCACACUGAAGUUUCCUAUGAGCAAGAACCCAGAAGAACCCUUGGUGGCUGACCGCCACUCUGUCAUUAACCAAGCCGUAUUGAAGCCAGAAUUAAAACUGCGAUGUAUCCAAGUGCAAAAAAUCAGGUACAUUUGGGACUACUUGGAGAAGAGGUUUCAGAAAGUUGGGCUACUGGAAGAUAGCAACUCCUGCCAUGACAUCCACCACACGUUUGGACUGGGCCUGACCAGUGAAGAACAAGAGGUCAGAAGAUUAGUGUGCGGGCCCAAUGCCAUUGAGGUAGAAGUCCAGCCCAUAUGGAAGCUGCUUGUUAAACAGGUUUUAAAUCCAUUCUACUUGUUCCAAGCCUUUACCCUAACUCUGUGGCUGUCUCAAGGUUACGUAGAAUACUCUGUGGCCAUCAUCAUCUUGUCUGUUAUCUCCAUUGUCUUAAGUGUGUAUGAUUUGCGACAGCAAUCAGUUAAGCUGCACAACCUUGUGGAGGAUCACAACAAAGUCCAGGUUACAGUCAUCAUAAAGGGCACAGGUUUGCAGGAGCUGGAAUCCCGUCUCUUGGUUCCUGGAGAUACUCUUAUUCUUCCAGGAAAAUUUUCAUUGCCAUGUGAUGCUAUUCUGAUUGAUGGAAGCUGUGUGGUGAAUGAAGGCAUGCUCACAGGAGAAAGUAUACCUGUCAUGAAGACACCAUUGCCCCAUGUGGACAACACCAUUGCUUGGAAAUCCCACAGCUUGGAAGAUUAUCGGAAACAUGUCCUUUUCUGCGGGACGGAAGUUAUCCAGGUCAAGCCGUCUGGGAAGGGGCCAGUGAGAGCAGUUGUCUUGCAAACAGGUUACAAUACCGCCAAAGGGGACUUGAUAAGAUCCAUCCUCUACCCUCGGCCUCUGAACUUCAAACUGUACAACGAUGCCUUCAAGUUUAUAGUGUUCCUGGCCUGCCUUGGAGUUGUGGGUUUCUUCUAUGCUCUUGGUGUAUAUAUGUACCAUGGAGUUUCUUCAAGAGAUACUACAGCCAUGGCCCUGCUCCUCUUCACCGUAACUGUACCUCCGGUGCUGCCAGCUGCCCUGACCACAGGCAUCGUGUAUGCACAAAAGAGGCUGAAGAGAAAGAAAAUCUUCUGUAUCUCCCCACAGAGAAUCAAUAUGUGUGGGCAAAUAAACCUCGUGUGCUUUGACAAAACUGGCACUCUUACAGAAGAUGGGCUGGACCUCUGGGGGACCGUCCCAACUGCUGACAACCGUUUUCAGGAAGUCCAUAGCUUUACCUCAGGCAAGGCUUUGCCAUGGAGCCCAUUGUGUGCCGCCAUGGCCAGCUGCCACUCUCUGGUCCUUCUCAACGGGACCAUCCAGGGAGACCCACUGGACCUCAAAAUGUUUGAGGGCACUGCCUGGAUAAUGGAAGAUUGCAAUGCAGACUACUAUAAAUUUGGGAUGUCAGAUUCAAACAUCAUAAUAAAACCAGGACCAAAAGCCAGUUGGAGUCCUGUGGAAGCCAUAGCCAUCUUGCGUCAGUUUCCAUUUUCCUCAAGUCUGCAGAGGAUGUCUGUGGUUGCUCAGAUGGCAGGGGAGGAUCACUUCCAUGUCUACAUGAAGGGUGCCCCGGAGAUGCUGGCCAAGUUCUGCAAGUCUGAAACAGUACCCAAGGAUUUCCAACAGAAACUGAAGAAUUAUACAGCACAAGGCUUCCGUGUCAUUGCCCUUGCCCAUAAAGACUUGAAGAUGGAGGAGCUUUCAGAAAUACAGAAAUUAGCCCGAGAGAAGGCAGAGUCAGAGAUGACAUUUCUGGGACUUCUCAUAAUGGAGAAUCGCUUGAAAAAGGAAACCAAACCAGUCUUGAAGGAACUGAGUGAAGCCCGCAUCAGGACGGUGAUGAUUACUGGUGACAACCUUCAAACAGCCAUUACUGUGGCAAAGAAUUCUGAAAUGAUUCCUAGAGGAAGCCAAGUGAUCCUUGUCGAAGCCAGUGAACCAGAAAAUUUUGUUCCUGCCUCUGUGACUUGGCAGCUGGUCGAGAACCAAGAGAAUGGACUGGAGAAGAGUGAAACCUACCUUAACAUUAGGAACAGUUCAGUGCCUGAUGGAGCAAGAGGGAGCUGUUACCAUUUUGCAAUGAGUGGGAAAUCAUACCAAGUGAUAUUUCAGCAUUUCAACAGCUUGCUUCCAAAAAUUCUGGUGAAUGGAACCAUUUUUGCAAGAAUGUCUCCUGGACAGAAAUCUAGUCUUGUUGAAGAAUUUCAAAAAUUAAAUUAUUAUGUGGCCAUGUGUGGAGAUGGGGCUAAUGACUGUGGGGCUUUGAAAAUGGCUCACGUGGGCAUUUCGCUGUCAGAGCAGGAGGCGUCUGUGGCCUCCCAUUUCACCUCAAAAACAGCCAACAUCGAGUGCGUGCCUCAGCUCAUAAAAGAAGGCCGAGCUGCUCUGGUUUCAUCCUUUGGGGUAUUUAAAUACUUGACCAUGUAUGGCAUAAUCCAGUUUAUUGGUACCUCACUGCUCUAUUGGCAACUACAGCUCUUUGGGAAUUACCAGUAUCUCAUGCAAGAUGUAGCCAUUACCUUGAUGGUCUGUUUAACAAUGAGUUCAACUCAUGCCUACCCAAAGCUGGCUCCUUACCGACCAGCAGGACAGCUCUUCUCUCCACCUUUGCUGCUCUCAGUCUUUUUGAACACCUGUUUCACCUGCAUUGUGCAAAUCUGUGCAUUUCUCUACGUGAAGCAGCAGCCCUGGUAUUGUGAGGUCUACAGAUACAGUUGGCAAUUUUCUGCACCUCGCCUUUCAAAGAAAGAUGUUAUGAUACCGCCUUUGUCUUAUAUAUUUUCAUUUCUGCUGAUGUCUGCCUUGGGCCUCACAGUUUUCAUUCUGUUUUCUGACUUUCAAGAUAUAUACCGUGGAAUGGAGCUCAUCCCAACCCUGACAUCAUGGAGGGUUUCAAUUUUGGUGGUAGUCCUCACCCAAUUCUGUGUGGCCUUCUUUGUAGAGGAUGUCAUCCUUCAAAACCGAAGGCUCUGGCUAUGGAUCAAAAAGGAAUUUGGAUUCUCUUCUAAAAGUCAAUAUAGGAAAUGGCAAAAAAAGCUGGCAGAAGACUCCACCUGGCCUCCCACACACAGAACAGAUUAUUCAGGUGAUGGCGAAAAUGGAUUCUAUAUCAACCUCAGCUUUGAGGACCCUGAACAGAUUCCAAGAGCAAAACUUGAAUUGGGAGGUCAAACCACAGAACAGCAUUUUUGGAUGAGGCUGUAAUCAGAAUCAUUGUUGUACAUGCUUCACACCAUCUCCUUGUUCCCUGAAACUAAACCCAUGUGGAGAAGUGAUGAUAGUCUAUCCUUAUCCUUUCUCUCUCCAUCGGAGGAUUCAAAGUGCAUUAUCAAUGUAUUGAACCUUGCAAAAGAGAACCUUAAAUAUGCCUAUUUGGACUGUAUCCUCUGCUACUGAGGAAAAAGAAAUGUAU